UCGUGACGCCAUCCUCUCGCGAGAUGGAACUUGGGCAUUGCUGUCCGGCAGCGGCAGGAGCCAAGGAUUUGGAUUGUAGCGUCAUUACGGAAUGUUUAAACAGCGAUCAGGGACUGCGGCCUGUGUUAAGAAAAUCGGGACUGCAAUGGAUCCCGGAUCUACCGCAAGUCCAUUGCAAUGCACCGCCGGUUUUCCAAGCAAAAACCGAGUCGCUAUAUUAGCAGAACUAGACAAAGAAAAACGGAAAUUACUUCUACAAAAUCAGUCUUCUACCAACAACCCAGGAGCCAGUAUAGCUCUUGCAAGGCCUAAUAUGAAUAAGGAUUUCCGUGACCACUCGGAGCAGCAACACAUAGCAGCCCAGCAAAAAGCUGCCCUACAGUGGGCCAGUCAUAUAAUCUGGCAGACAUGUGGUAUCAUACUAGGGGCAGUCAAAACUACAUUGUCGCCCCAGGACCUCCAGCUGGACAGUGCAAGCAAAUAAAGAUAUCAUUUGUUUGCAUGCACAUGCACAUUCAUCUGGAUAUUUUAUAACCCAGGACUCUGCUUUUGGAAACCUGAUCCUCCCAGUCAUUCCUCGUCUUGAAGCGGAGUAGCUACAAGCAACAUAAUUUCUAAGAACUACUUGUUGGGCUGCAAACAGUGUUCUAUCGAUUUUUAGAUUUGUUUGGCAUUUUUUUCAUCAUAUACAGUGUAUGAUAAUUUAAAUGUGGAUGCCAAAUAUACCCGCUGCAGCUGGAAUACUGAAGAAAACAACGAAUGGCCUUCAGCUUUGCUAUCCAAACAAUAAUCAAUUCAAAUGCUUUGACAAAUGCCAGUUAUGUGUAUUUAACAUAAAUACUAUUUAUUUGCAUUGUUACCAGGAAAUUUACUGCCAAGGUGUCUGGAAAGUAGUCGCCUAAACUGUUAACGUGGUACCUUUGUGUAAUACAUUUUUAAGAGGAAUAAAACCGUUUUUUUUUUUAGAAUUAA